CAGGUUCCAGGCUCCAGAGCUUCGAGACAGAGCCUGACUCAGGGCUCAAACUCACAAACUGUGAGAUCAUGACCUGAGCUGAGGUCGGACACUUAACCAAUUGAGCCACUCAGGCAACCCCAGAUUCCCUCCAUUUUAAAUACCUAGAGUCAUUUCUGUUUUCUUGACCAGACACAACUCAGACACUGUAAUCUUUAGAAACUUACUGAAAGUCCGGGGAUGGCUAAUAAUCUGAAUAGGAAAUCGUUCUCAAAGAUUUGGCACCAUUCAUACACCCCAGUCUUCAGCUUCCUCACUAAUGAAGUGAAACUUUUCAUAACAAUUAAGUUGUUCCAUGGAGUAAGUGAGUUGAUGUGUGGAAAACAUCUGAAACACAGUACACACCUAAUAUGAAUUAAAGUCUAUUUUUCCUGUAGCUUAAGCCCCAUUCCUUUUAUUGUUCUCAAGAAACUGCCAGAAUAUUCCCUCAACAAGCCCUUGUGAAAACCCACACGAGGGAACUAGAAAGAAGCCAAGUUAAUGAAACUGCUCAAUGAUUCAUCGUCUGCCUUUCAUUAGCCCUGGUGCCAGAUUUCCUUUUCUUUCCCCACAACAAAACGGCCUGAAGACUCAAAGUUGAAUCUGAUUUUUAUGACUGGAUUGAUUAGAACAGUUAACUUUUCCUCAUAGUUUAGUCUAGUUCUUAUUCUUUUGAAUAAGCAUGACUUUAAAUACUGCAGCAACAGCAGAUCUUCCAUAGCUCCAUGUAUAAAUUAUGAUGUUUGUCAGCAAUCCUGCCUGUGACGUCAGGAGCAGAGUCAGCUAACAGUUGCUGGGCGAUGCCGCGGUCUUGAACUGUGGCGCGGGUGUAAAUAGAUUCCUGCUGCUCGUUAAAAACAAAAGACAAAAAACUGGAUUCCUUACAUCUAGAGUGAAUUCAGUGGUCUACUGUUUGGCUUAGAGAAUGGGAAGUAUCAUCUCAUAAAGGUAAGCAAAAACCUUCAUCUUCCCCCCUCCCCCACCGCCUUGUUGGUUCUCUAUGGGAAGCUACACUCUUGGAAUUAUCGAUCAAACAUUUCAGCGUUGUAAUUUUGUCCAUUCACCCAUACGAUGCUUGAAAUUUCCAUAUGGUAUCCUCAGCUUGUCAUUCAGCCUUGUAUACACCCAGGGGAAGGAAGUUUAUUAACCCCCAAGUAAGAGUAUUCUUAGGAUCUUUGAGAAUUUUGAUUUGAGAUGCCCAUUCAAUCUAAGAGAGAACUUUGUCUUGCCCCAUGGCUUUCUUUCAUUCCUUGUUCUGAGAAGCUCCGAAGAAUAAAAGACAAUAUUUCUUUCCUCUACUGUAUUAGUUCUACAAAUAAAGAAGACCUCAGUCAUAUCUUCAUAGUUAGAUUUGCCAUUGGUUAAACUAUCUGUUUCAUACAGGUUGUGUAUGUAAGUCUGUUUUCCAUCCUGUUUGCCUUCCUCUAAACCUGUCCCGUGUGUCCUUAUUUUACUUUUUUACGUGUUGCUGCUAAGCCACAAUAUAUUCUGUACUUUGAAGGUCCUGAAAAUUACCCCCAUUUAGCUCUUUAAUAUUUUAUAGAUUUGUUUCCCACUGUAGGGGUAAAAUCAGGUGAACAUCAAGGCAGAGAAAUAUUUAUACAUGUCGGUCAGCAUGGGCUAAGACCACGUCACACUUCUGUUGAGAGACUCGAAGAGAUGGAAUCUUUUCUCUCAGAAGACAUUGGCUCUAUGAUACAGAACAAGGCCGUUGAGCGAAUCAUCUCCCCAAUGACUGUUCAGCUCUGCCAUCUGAUCAUUUCGAUGGAGAAGAAAGACAUGGAAAAUGAAGCAUUUGCCUGCUUGGAGAAGACGGCGGAAGAAUUGGCCCAAGCUAGUGAAGACUUUGUGCACGUUGCCAAAAGGCUGGCAGGAGACUCUGAGGAGGAGUGGCUCUGGGAGGAAAUGAGGCCUACUGCUGAGUCUCUGGUCCUGUCUGGAAGGAACAUCGUGCUGGUGGCUCAGAAGCUCCAUCUUCAGCCGGGAUGUCAAAGCCACCAGGAGGAGCUAGUGACUACAGCUCAGCAGAUCCUGGUGGACACCACAAAGGUCCUGCUCCUAGAAGACGCGGCGAUGGCGAGGAAGAUAGUGCGGGCGGCGGGUUGGUGCCUGACCUGCCUGGACGCGCUGGAGGACGCGGACGACGCGGCCUCGCUGCGCGGCCCCUUCGCCGACCUGGCCGCCGCGCUGCUACGCCUGGGCCGCCUGACUGCGCGCGGGCCCGGGGAGCGCCUGGACCACGCCGGCCGCCUGCUGCGGGGCUGUGUCCCCGCGCUGCUCGAGGCCGCCCGCGGCCACCUGCAGCGCCCUUGCGACCCGCAGCUGGCCGCUUCCCAGCGCCACACUUUGGCCCAGACCAGGAAGACCCUAGGCGAGCUGCUGGCGCAGCUGGAGCCCAGCGCCGCGGCCCCAGCGGCCAGCGCCCAGACCGGCGCGCUCACCUGGCGCCUGCGGCGGCUGCGCGAGCUUCUGUCGGCGCCCGGGCACGAGCGCAUGCGCGGCGGCCCUCUAGACGCCCUGUUGGCGGCCGUAGUGUGGCACUGCAUGCGUCUGGCCGCUUGCUCCGCACCGCCGGAGAGGCUGCGCCUGGUGGCCCGCUGCGGCCAGCUGCUGGAGCUGCGGAGCGCCGGGCGCCUGGGUCGGAUCGACAGGCAUCCGGGAGAAGGCCGGGCCUCCGGGAGCCUGGAACCCGGGCAGGAGUGUGCGGAGCUGCAGGCCGCCACUGAGGCCCUGUGCCAAGGAGUCCGCUCUGGGCUGCUGCACCAGAUCCUGGACACGUUCACUGACACGCAAAGCCCUCUUCAACGACUGGUCCAGGCCGCCUUGGCCACUCGCCCAGUCAGCUCCCUGUGUGAUGGCCAGGCCUUGCCAAAGAAUCUCCAGCUUUUCCUUGCUGCUUUCCGUGACCAGGCCAAGCAGAUGCUCAGAGUGGCUCACUUGGUCUUGGUUUGCUGCCCUCGACAACAAACUGGCAAAGACAUGGAGGUCACCAUGGCAGGCCUUUGGGGGCUUGUGGUCAGAGUGCAGCAACUUUUCUCACAAAGUCCCCAAGGAUCUGGUCUGGACUGGAGCCCAGCUGCCUUGCAGGCCCUGCUUCAGGCAUGGACCAGGGCAUCGGAAGGCCUGUUGGCAUGUUUUGAUGAUGUUCUCAAUAUUCCUGAGUUCCUGAGUGUGUCCAUUCAAGAAAUGACCAAGCACUUGGACUUCUUUAGAUGGGCUUUGAGAAAGGGAGAUUCCAGAGGCUUUCCCCAACUUGUGGCAUAUUUACAGGGUCGGGCCACUCACAUAGUGCAGGUGAUGAGCAGGUAUGUGGACCAAGAUCGAGAUCCCAUUUUCCGGAAUGGCCUGAGAGUCUUGAUCCAGCAGCUGGAGCAGUCUUCCCUGUUCCUGAGUGCAGCUGCUGAGUGCUGUUUGGGUGGGCACAGUGCUCAGGACACAGAAGUAUUUUUCACCAUGGCAAAACAUCUGAUCUGUUCAGCCCAGAGCAUCCAAGAAGGGCUGGAUGGGGCUAACCACCCAGAUAUCCUCAGCCCGCUUCGGGACCAAGUCCAAAGGUUUGACACUGCUAAGGAACAACCUUAUUUUAUUCUCCCCAGCCUCCAGGACUCCACAACUCCUGCACUGGAACACCAGGGAGAACCUGGGUUGGGGGAAAGCAAUUCAGGCAUCUCCUAUCCACUGAGGAACAAUCUUUCCCACCCUUUGAUUCCUGACAUGCAUCUACAGAGUGGGGACCCUCCACUACCAGCCAUCAGCAAAUUCAUCGUUGCUGUAGACAGCCAGAGCCACCAGGCAGUGACCACAGCUAGCACCAACCUGCAGGAACAAAACACCGCUGGGGAUGCAGCUCAAGAGGCCUUGGCUGGGGAGGGACCACUGGGGUCAGAGGGGAUGCCUGGACUCCAAGAAAUCCCAACACUAACACCUUCUAUUGUUGACCUAGGAACAGAGAUAGAACCUUGCACGACUACUAGAACCAGCGGGCUUCCGGAAGUGGCUCUCCAGCUGUCUGGGAGACCCAGGGAAACCGGGCAGGGCUUGGUAGCCAGGGCUGGUGACUGGUACCCUCUGUGUCAACAGCUCUUUUGUCACAACCCAGCAGGUGAUCUUCUAGGGAACAUGGCAGCGUUCAUGGAGCUGCAGCAGAAUUUGGCCUCAAUGGUUCAACUAGCAGCCAAAAGUGAGCCUGUGGAUUGGCGUAAGAAGGACCCUGACUCAGCUGGGCGUCCAGAAGCACUUUUACAAAUGCAAGGCAGAUUGGAGGAGGUGCAGACCCAUGCUAAACAGCUGUUGGACAAGGUUCUGGCUUUCGAUAGCCUCCAAGCCCCUACGUCAUGGGACGAAAGCUUUGAGGAUGGGUGCCUUCGAUGGUCAGUGGCUGUCCAAGACCUGCUCCAGUGCAUGGAGAGACUCAGCAGGAGACAAGGCCUGUUCUUACUGCCCCUGCGGCGGGCCGUGAAGGACCAGCAGGGACUGCAGGAAGAGUUGGCCCAGGCAGCAGCUGUUUCUCAGAGGCUACUAGAGGCUGCCAGGCUCUCUGGCCUCCUGUGUGGGGACGCGCAGAUAAAAUGUGAGGUCUCAUUUUUGUGCAGGGAAAUCCAUGUGCUCACAGAUGCUCUGCUGGAUGUGGCACAGAUCCUGGCCUCUUCCCCCAAACCAUCUCCCAGUCUGUCCACACGCUUUGAACUCCUCUGCUUGGAGCUCUCCUUUCAAGCCAAGGCCCUCACUGGCCACCUCAGCAUCAUCAACGCAGACUAUGAACAUGUCUUCCAAGAUGCCUUCUAUCCAAGGCUCUCUGUCUGUAAAGAACCUCAGGCCAGGCCAGAAAGCUCCCUGGAAAGAAUGGUGUCUGGUAUCCAAGCUGCACAGGGAAUUGUGGCAGGAAGUCAAGAGUCUGGGCCCUGCCAGGAGGACCUUCUUAGGGCUCUGGAGAGCAUUUUUGUCCUCACCCAGGAGGUGGCCCAGAGGGUCCCAGUGCUCCAAGAACACUCAGAGGAGUGGAGAAUGCACACCCUGGACUGGCUUCAGUGGGAGUGGGCAGCCAAAGCCCAUCAUGCCAUGGCCCAGCUCCAGGCCUGGAAAAGUGGUCACACCAAGGCCUGGGCACUCUUGGCCCAGUGCCUGAAGCCCAGUGAUGAGACGGCAGUGAUGAAGCCCAGGGAUGAACAGGCCUCUGCCCAGCCCCAGCUCCACUGUGAGGAGGGUGCCUCAGGAGCUGUUGCAGUGGGCAGUGUGGAUUCUCGGGGUGCUGCCCCAAAAGACACCCCAGGGAACUCAGGGGGGGCCUGCACUGUGGACCCAGACGUCACUGGGACAAUUGCAGCAGACCUGGACACGGAGCAGCCGCACAGCCCAGCACCUGGCUCCACAGGCCCACUGGCCUGGCUGGGCCCUGAGCCGGACCAGCUGCUCCCAGAGGAUGGCGGCGUGGAAGGGGGGAGCAGGAUCAUCCAGAUUACCCACGAGAUGGCUACAGAGGUGCUCCUGAUGGCUCAGAGUCUGAGGAGGAGAGGACCCGUCUUGACCAAAGAUCAGCUCAUUACCUCUGCUAGGAAAAUCGCGACUUCUGGACAAAAGUUCGCCAGACUUAUCCGCAUCAUCGCCAAGAACUGCAUAGAUCAAAGAUGUUCCCAGGAGCUUUUGUGUGUGGUAGACCAGAUUCAAACAAUGAGCAACCAGCUCCGCAUCAUCUCCAGUGUAAAGGCCUCUCUGGCAAGAAGCAGGUCCUCUGAAGAGCUCCUGCUGGAAAAUGCUCAACAGCUCCUCCGGGCCGUGUCCAAGACCGUGAGGACCACAGAAGCUGCAAGUCUGCGGGGCUUGAGACAGCCUUCCUCAGAUCCAGAAGAACUGGAAGUUGCUGCCUUCUGUGUGCAGUGGAGAAGAAAACUGCUAAGGCACAGACUCCGAGAAACUUCAAACCUGGACUAUGAUGAGCUGGGCCUGCGAAAAACAAGCACAGAAGGGCCCCCAACAUUAGCAGCCCUGGUUCCAGAAGCAUUCUAAAGACUGAGAAAUACUCUCUGAGUUAGACUGUCUGUUGAUGUGUGCCUUGGCCCUGAGAUGGGCAGCCCAGAGUGGGGAGUGACUCUUAGGCUGAAAUAGGCUCACGUUGUAGAAC